AUGGCCAGCGACGGGAUCAAUGAGCUUGAAUGCAUGACGGCUGCAGAAGUGUUGGCAGCGUUAACCGGCACCAAGCAGCAGUUCAGCUUCCACUUUAAUCCAAAUUUAACGCACGCCGGCAUCCAGGGUCGCAUGGAUGCGUACGGCCAGGUUGUGGUGCUUUGCUGCGGAACCCUCCACACAGCCGAGAGUAGCGUUGGGGUGUUCGAGUGCGCCUUUGGCCUGCUGCGGGACCCAUAUUCGGAAAACAACUGGAAGCCCAAGAAAGUCAAGUGCUUGUUGAAAAGCAAGCAGCGUCCCCCUGAGCUUCAUUGUCUGUGCUCGAGCGAGACCCUGCAGGAAGCCCUAGCUCUAUCAAUGCCUAGCGACGACCUUGACUUGGAUGCCGUAAAUUGA